GGUGGCGGUGGCGAGAGGAUGAACAACAAGUUCGACGCCUUGAAAGAUGAUGACAGUGGGGACCAUGACCAGAAUGAAGAAAACAGCGCACAGAAAGACGGCUGUUGUCCCAGGGCCUGCAGAACACCCACUACAGUACAACUACACCUUCUGGUACUCCCGGAGGAUGCCAGGCCGGCCGACCAGCUCACAGAGCUACGAGCAGAACAUUAAGCAGAUCGGCACAUUCGCCUCUGUGGAGCAGUUCUGGAGGUUUUAUAGCCACAUGGUACGUCCUGGGGACCUGACAGGCCAUAGUGACUUCCAUCUCUUCAAAGAGGGAAUCAAACCCAUGUGGGAGGAUGAUGCAAAUAAAAAUGGUGGCAAAUGGAUUAUUCAACUCCGCAAGGGCUUAGCAUCCCGGUGCUGGGAGAAUCUUAUACUUGCCAUGUUGGGGGAACAGUUCAUGGUGGGCGAGGAGAUCUGUGGGGCUGUUGUCUCUGUCCGUUUCCAGGAGGACAUUAUUUCAAUAUGGAACAAGACUGCCAGUGACCAGGCCACCACAGCCCGUAUCUGGGACACGCUCCGUCGAGUGCUUAACCUACCUCCCAACACCAUAAUGGAAUACAAAACACACACCGACAGCAUCAAGGACAAUUCAAGUUUUCGAAAUACAAAAAUCACAUUGUGAAAGUACCCAAGCUGGCAAUAAUCCUUUUCUGUAUGUGUGUGUCUGUCUGUCUGAAACGGAUGGGAGGCCUCCAGCAGCUCCCUCCGUCUGCUCACUGAAGGGACAUCCCCGAUCCAUGGGCUCCCCUUUUGCACUCAUCCCUGGAGGAAGGAUUCCACUAGACGCCCUGCGGCAUCGCUGACUUUAUAAAGCAGAAAGACAGAAAAGAUGACUUUGUAAUAGACAGACUUUUUUAAAAAAUGGGGUUCUGGGGAGAGUCGAACCUUUCAUUUGCUGUGUGUGCCGUUGUCCACAUGCCUUC